AUGGGUUCCCGAAGUAAAAAAAUUCUUUCUAUGGUUCCCAUUCCCGACAAUAAUUUAAAGAAAAACAAUACAUUCGUUGAAAACUGGUUAGCGAACUGUCAUCCGGAAGAUCAGGACAAUGAUCAUGAUUCCAAGUUAGAAUCCUCUCGUUUUUCCGUAAAUAAUAUCACCAGUACUUCCUGCGAAGCAAAAAAUGAACUGUCAGCUACUGACAGGAGCACAGUAUGUGAUAAUGCCGUGGAUACAGUAAUUCAAGAAGUAAAUGCUGAUUUAAUUUUACUAAAUACCGUAACAGAGAAUGUCACAUCGAAAGAUAUUGAAAACGCAGUCAUUACUACAGAUAGCAAAACAUUUAACCUUUCUGAUGAUGAAGAAAUAGUUUCAUCCAAUGUUGUUAUCGCAGAUGUAGUGCCAGAAACCACAUUAGCAAAAAGAACCACCGCAAAAAAAGGCACAAAAAAAGUUUUUCAGCCAAUUCGUAGAACAUCCAGUUCUAGCAGUGAUUCCUCUACCUCUAGCAGUGGUUCUUCCAGCUCAAGUACCGGAUCAUCUAGCUCAAGUUCAUCUAGCUCUGGCAGUCGUUCCAAGCACUCUAAAUCUACAUCUCGCUCCAAACAUCCUUCUAAUGUGUCAAUUGUACAUCAUAAUGCAGCUUCUGAGAAUAUUCAACCAAGCAUUGAACAAGCAAGUAUUGUAACAAAGGCUAAAAAAAGAACCAGAAACCCAAGUCAGUGGCAAAAGAACCAGAGAAAGCAAUUAAAAAACACUGGUCAAGCAUACACAUCAUCUAGAGGUAAAUCCAUGCCGCAAAAAAGUAUUCGACCACCUUGUACGAGUACCUGCCGAUUGUCUUGUUCAAAUAAGUUCACCACAGAAGAUAGGGAUGUAAUAUUUAAGACAUACUGGGGCCUUAAUUCUUUUCAAAGACAGCGUGACUUCCUUGCUUCUUGUGUAAAGCAAGUUGAACCUGAAUUCCGUACCAUCAAGAUUCGAAAAGGUGGCGACGUGAAUAGAAAAUGUAGAAAACCAAACACAUCGUACUUUCUAGUAAAUAGAGGUAGUGAAAUAAGGGUUUGUAAAACGUUCCUAUUGAAUACAUUGGCUAUAAGUAAUAAACCACUACGCACUGUAACUGAAAAUAAAUUUGCAAGCACAAGUGUAAUUCCAACGGAUAAACGCGGUAAGCACGGAAAACAGUCAAAGUUGGAUGCUGAAACAAUACAAUCUGUACGUGACCACAUUAAUUCAAUUCCUAGAAUGGAAAGCCAUUACAUCAGAGCUAAUUCAUCAAGAGAGUAUAUAGAUGGAGGUUUGACUGUAGCCGAACUUCACCGUAACUAUAGUCAAAAACGUAUAGCUGACAACAAGGCACCAGCAAAUUACGACGCAUACCAUCGGAUUUUCAAUACCGAAUUUAAUAUCAGCUUUUUUAUUCCGCGUAAAGACCAAUGUGACGUGUGUGAGGCCUUUAAGAAUGCUGUAGAUAAAGAACCGUUGAUGUCCAGCUAUAAACUACAUCAAGAGGAAAAGAGUCUUAGUAGAAUAGAAAAAAACAAGAUAUAGACGAGUGUAAAAAGCCUGAUAGCAAUAGCAUUGUGGCUAUAUUUGAUCUUCAAGCCGUAUUGCCUUGUCCUAUAGGUCAAUCGUCGGCAUUUUUUUAUAAAAGUAAACUUAAUUGCUAUAAUUUCACAGUAUCAGAUAUUAAGAUUAAUAAAACAUUCUGCUUCUUUUGGCAUGAGGGUCUGGGUAAACGAGGAGCCAAUGAAAUAGGUUCUUGUUUGUACAAUUUUUUAAAAGAAUGUUCUUCGACUAAACCAAAUUCAGACAUAACUUUUUUCUCGGAUAACUGUUGUGGCCAACAAAAAAACAAAUUUAUUCUUAGUUUGUAUUAUUAUGCCGUUUCAACCUUGCCAAUUAAAUCCAUUACACACAAGUUUCUAAUUCGUGGACACACGCAGAACGAAGCUGAUAGCGUCCACUCUGUAAUAGAGAAAAAUAUUCGUCGAGCAAAAAAAUCAGGGCCAAUUUACACCCCAGAUCAAUAUGUGGCUCUAAUUCGUAAUGCUAAAAAAACCGGUAACAGUUUUACUGUUAAUGAAAUGAGUUUUGAUAGUUUCUACGAUUUAAAGUUACUUUCUAACGAUAUUAACUUGAACACGGGCAAGAAUAUUGACGGCGAAACAAUCAGGAUUUCUGAUGUCAAAGUCGUGAAAUUCAUUAAAGAUUCUGAUACCUAUUUGUACAAAACCACGUAUAAAAGUGAACGUUGGAAAGAAGCUAAAAUUAAAAUUAGUCGUGCAGGCAAAAAAAAUAUCUCAGAUAUUCAAUUGUGUGCGGCAUACAGCUCUAAGUUACCAAUUGCGAACAAUAAAAAGCAAGAUAUUCAACAACUAAUAACUGCUAAUAUAGUUCCAAAAUAUUAUGAAAACACAUUUAAUAGUUUAUUUGAAUAAUAACAUCUUUUUGAUAUUUAUAUUAUAAUAAAAAAUAUAAAUAACUUUUAAUAAUAGGAACGAACAAUGUUCUUAAUAGUAUUCAUUUAUUGUUAAUUAUUUCUUAAUAAGUAUCGUUUGCUGUCUACUG